UACCAAGGCUACCGCAGCAUCGUCGGCAAGUGCCUGCUGGCCCACCGGAAGAUGGCGGAGGAGGUGAAGGCUGCCCGGACUGAAAGCGCCCGGCACCAAGAGGUGUGCCGGAAGCUGGAGGAGACGACGGUAGAGCUGGUUGUAGCACUGGGCCGGGUGAAUGAGCUGGUGGAGACCAACACGCGGCUGGACCGAGACCUCCAGGCCGCUCUGGAAAAAGUGGCGUCCUCGGAAGAUCAGCUGGAGCAGCAGGAGGAGGAACAGCUGGCGCUCACCCAGCGGCUGCAGGAGAAGGCGGACGCCAUCCAGAAGCUGCAGGACGAGGUCGCCAGGCUGGCACGGGAGAAGGAGCGGGCGCAGCAGGAGAGGGACAACGCCCAGCGCGACGCCCGGGAGGCCUCCGAUUGCCGGGAGUUUCUUGAAGAGGAGAACGAGGUUGCCCGCCGCCAGCUGAGCGAGACAGAAGAAGAGCUGAAGGCCAGCCUCGCCGCUCUGCGGGAACGAAGCGGCCAGCUGGAGGACCUCAAGGACGCCCGCCAGAAGCUCCAGCAGGAGCAGGAGUCCCUCCGCGCAGAGCUGGGCAGCGCCAGGGCCGAGCUGCAGGACGCCCAAGCGGGCCUGGAGGGGCUUUCCCGGGCCGUGGGGGAGUUGGGGGGUCUCCACACCCAGUUCCUGGAGGCCGCCGACAUUCUGCAGACGGCCAGGCCAGGCGAGGCAGCCGAAGUGGCCCCCCACAGCAGCACACGCACCCCGGCCCGGCACACCCCGUACCGCCCGGGGGUCUCCUUGGUGGAGAGCGUCCUUCGAGCUGCGUCCCAGAGAGCCCUAAAGACCCCCGGCCUCUGGAGCGAGACCACGGCCUUUAUGCGCGCAGCUCCGGCGCCCCCUCCCCAGCUCUCAGAGAUUAAAGACUCGCUGGCCGCUCACACCCAGGACCUGCGCCUGGCCGUGGAGCAGCUCCACCUCCUCGCCAAGGGUUGCCGAGAACACCUAGGAGAGCUGCGGGAGCAGAGUUUGCAGCUGGAGCAACAGCUGCAGACCUCGCAAACGCAGCACCAGGCAGAGAUGGACGCCGCCCAAGCCGCCCAAAUGAAGCUCAGGAAGGUGCUGCACAUGAAAAUCCAGAGCGAGAGGGAGCUGCAGGAGCUGCUGCGCCAGCAGGAGGGGGAGCAGUGCCAGCUGAGCGACCAGAAGAGGGAACUGGCGACCCUGCGGGAGGAGGUGGCCCAGCUGAAGCUGGAGCUCCAGAAGUCCGAGACGGCCGCCACCACUCUCUGGGAGGAAAUGAGUGGGAGCCAACGCCCCGACGCCCAGGAGAAGAUCUGGCUGCGGCAGGAGGUUGGGAAAUUAAGGGAGCUGCUUCUGCAGAAAGACAACGAGCACACAAAGGUCCUGACCGGCCACGUGAAGCAGGUGAGGGGCCUGGAGGAGCGGCUGUGCCAGGCCCAGCACCGGCUGCAGCGCCAGCAAAAGGUGGAGGCGGACCUGAAGCAG